CUUUAAUCAUGCAUAGUCCUAGUAAUAUUUAAUAUUCCGUGGCUCAAUCGAAACUCUGUCCUCUUUCAUCUCCUCAAUCUAGAGCACCAGAUCGCUAUCAGCAACGACUCUACCAAGAAUCCACGAUGUCCGCUCUUCACCCUGUGAACCCGCCUGUAGGGCGCUUGGAUUUUGUCAACGCUCAACAAGAGACGACGAUCAUUCUCAAGGAGAAAGUGUUAUCACUCACCGGUGAUGCUUUCGACAUCAAGGUCGAUCCACGGAAUGGACGAGAUCCCUAUCCCGUCUUGAAAGUCGACCCCAGUUUACUCACGAGCAAGAGGGCUUUCUUUGACAUGACGGGCAACCAUCUAUUCGACCUCAAGAAGGAACACCUCCAUCUUGUCCACGAGUACAUGAAGCUCAUCGACGUGAACGGCGAGAAGUUCUGCGAGAUCAAGAAGAACUUGAAAGUCGGCUUCGGGAGCAAGUUCACCAUAACAUUCACGCAGCCGGGCGGUGCAGAGCAGGUUCUUGUGAUGGAAGGGAACUGGCGCGACUCGGUGGCCGAGAUCAAGCGCGAGGGCAGCGGUGAGGUGUGUGCUGUCGUGCACCGCAAGUCCGCCUUCAAGAGUCUGAGCACCUUUUUGUUUGAUCAGAAUACGUACAGCGUCACAGUUGCGCCGGGAGUCGACUACGCCGCUAUUGCCGCGGUGUGUAUCGUCUUUGAUGAGUGGGAGAAUGAUGCGCUGUGAUGUUGGGGUGGAGGUGCAGGCUUUUGGGUUGAUAGCGUGUGUUUAUUGGGCAAGCAGAUGUUUCUGUCUAUUGUCUUUGAUCUUUUCUGCUACAGUAUGGUGAGAAAGUCGGAACUUUGUCUCGCAAUAUUGUAGACAUUGUUCUAGAGACUAGCAGGUCGUUAUCGAGAGUGCUUCGUAUUGAACCAUGCUACAAG